UGAACAAAGUUACAGUCAUCAUUCAGUGUUUCAAUUGUUUAAUUAUAACACUAAAGCAUUCCUGUGUUUACACUUGAAUCUGAAUCAAUUUCAUCAUUAAAGUUUCAAAUCAAUCAUAAAGUCUCUCAUCAUGAUUCUCAAUUUAUUUGUUUACUGUUUACUUCCAGCAUUAAUCUCUUGUGCUGUCAACUGGGAAGAUUGUGGUCAAGCUGAUAGAUCGCUGGUCUUUCACAAGAUAAACUUUAAAAGUGAUGCAAUCGUCAUCGAUGGUCAUAAACCGAUCGAAGCUGAAGUCGACUUUUCUGUACUCGAUCCAUUCGACUAUGAGGUUACAAUGAGCGCUGAACUGAGGCGAUACUUUUCAAUUCUCGGUAUCAAAUCAAGUGUUAAAAUACCUUGUAUUAAUGAUGCUGGAAGCUGCUCUGGUCCAUUUUGCUAUUUCGUCCAAUCCUAUUCAAACCUGGCUCGUUCCUUUGCUGAUCAACUUCAUGUGCCAUUCGACUGUGCGAUAGAGAAAGGCCGUUAUAAAGGCAACAUCACUUACCCUAUACCGACCAACGUCUUCAAUAAAAUUCCUACUGUGAUAUCAAAUAAUCUCUCAGGUAAAUAUGAGCUCGUAAUUCGUUGGUACUUUGGAGACCAAGAAGCCGGUUGUCUUGCAAUUGGAUCUGCAUUACAAAUUAAUCCUUAAAUUAUUUUUUUUUCUAUUCUUUGCCAAAAUAUCUCACUCACUUUAACUGAACAUAUCACAAAAUAUAUUUUAUUAAUUUGCACCGAGUUGCUGUAAAUUUUUAAUAAAAAGUACAAAUAAUUUUUAUCUGCAAAA